ACGCGGCUCUCGUUCACCAUUUCGGCAUUCCUCUUUCUCCUUCGCAAAUAGACUGACAUAAUAAGCAUAAUAAUACCGUUUUUGUUUUUUUUUUUUUUUCUUUCUCUAUUAUCUCGAAUGAUCAGAGAAGUGCAAAUGUUUGCAAACCUGUUUGUGCUUGAGAAAUGCUCAGCGCUCUCUGGACUGGAUUGAGGUAGUAGAGUUUUGGAUCUGAAGCUGCGGUUCGAUUGCUUGGAUGAAUUCGUUUCUGAGGAAGAAGAAGCGGAAAUCGAAGAUCCGAGUAUGAAGAAGUUCUAUAUAUCGGCGACGGGGAUUAAGAGAUUGACAAUAUCUUGCGUCGCCUCCGUAGGCGACGGCACGAAAAGUGUUGGCCGGGGGAUGGUGAAGGGGAAGAGCUCUCCAGCGGCGUUGCUCGGCCGCCGGCUUUCCCACCGGACGCUCCGGUUGCUGGUUGGGUUACUUUUGCCGUUUCUUCUAGUAAGAACUGCUUUCCUGGCGCUUGAAUCAGCUGCUCUUUGCUCUUCAACCAUCGGGUGCAUGACUUGGAGAUUUUUUGGCGGGAGUGAUGCUGCCGUGCUCAGAGAAGAGCUGACGAGGGCGUUGGUGGAGGCCGCAGAAACGAGUAAUGAUGGAGGAGUUGGAGUUGGAGUUGGAGUUGGAGCUGUUUCAUUUAAGGAUCUUGUCAAGGAGGUGACUGUAAACCGACAAGAUAUUAGAGCAUUUGCUCUCAAGACAAAGGCCAUGAUGGCGAAGAUGGAGCACAAUGUCGAAACAGCAAAAUGGCAAGAAUCAAUCUACUGGCAUCUUGCUGCUCAUGGCGUGCCGAAGAGUCUUCACUGUCUUUCACUCAGAUUAGCCGAAGAAUACGCCAUAAAUGCUGCAGCUCGUUCUCGACUACCUCCGCCUCAAUAUAUUCACCGCCUGAUCGACCCUUCUUUUCAUCAUGUUGUUCUUCUAACCGAUAAUGUCCUUGCAGCCUCUGUCGUCAUCUCCUCGACGAUCAAAGCGAUGGCGAAACCGGAAACAUUGGUCUUCCACGUCGUCACUGAUAAGAAGACGUACACGUCGAUGCACGCCUGGUUCGCAGUAAACACGGUCGAUUCUGCUGUUGUUGAAGUCAGGGGAUUGCAUCAAUACGAUUGGUCCCACGACGUGAACGUCGCCAUUAAGGAGAUGUUAGAAAUUCAUCACCAGAUUCGGAAUCGACAGUACCAGACCUUGAAGAUGGAGGAUUUUAAAAAUGUCGAAGAGAUCGAUCAUCGACUCCACGUUCUAAGUCCCGCCUGCAUCUCCCUCUUGAAUCAUCUCCGAAUUUAUCUUCCUGAGCUGUUUCCGGAACUCGAAAAAGUUGUGUUCUUGGAUGAUGACAUCAUAAUUCAACGCGACAUUUCGUCGUUAUGGGAAUUGGACCUGGACGAGAAAGUAAUCGGUGCCGUUUCCGACUCAUGGUGCGGACGAGAUUGCUGUCCCGGAAGAAGAUACAAAAACUACUUCAAUUUCACCGAGCCGAUCAUAUCAUCGAACUUGGAUCAGAAUCGUUGCGGAUGGCUCUACGGAGUGAACGUUUUCGACCUCAAAAGAUGGAGGUCGACGAACAUCACUAAAGUAUAUCAUCAAUGGCUCAAGCUCAAUUUGAAUUCGGGAUUUUCGUUGUGGCAUCCGGGAGCGCUUCCGCCAGCGCUACUGGCGUUCGAGAAUCAAAUGCAUCGAAUGGAUGCGUCUUGGCAGAUUAAUGGUCUGGGGUAUCGUAGCAGCGACGCACGACGACGACGAGACGAUUGGGAAUUAGAGAGAGCAGCUGCAUUGCAUUUCAGUGGUCCUGGGAAGCCAUGGCUGGAGACUGGAUCACCUCUGGUAAGAUCACUGUGGAGUAGACAUGUAAAUUUGUCUAAUGAACAUAUUAGAAGAUGCAAGGUAACAACAGCCUAGGGUCCUGGGAGGGAGAACACACACAUAUAUAUAUAUAUAUAUACACAGAUAUAUACAAUAUAUAUACAUACACAGGCAUAUAUAUGUAUGUAUGUAUGUAUGUGGUUUUGUGUGAGGAGUUUGUUUGGGAAAGAGGGAAGAAGGUUUAGCCUUCAGUCUCUUUCUCACACAUUAGUCUUUCUCAUACAUCAUCUCUGCAAGCUAAAUGAAGAAUAUAUAUAUGUAUUUACAUGCACACAGUGUCAACAUGAUGUAUACAUUAUUAUUUUUGUAGUUUGUAAUUUGAUUA